CUGGUUUAUCGUAUCAAUGUUUUAUUGUGGCUUGUAACAAAGUGGGUGAAAGUCCCAGCAGUGAAAUGUUUAAUGUCACUACACGUGCAGGAGCUCCUGCCAUACCUGUUCUGGAUGGCAAGCCGAUUUCUAGGAACGAGACGAGUGUGACAAUCCAUUGGAAUGUUGAUUACAACGGUGGCCAUGUAAUAACCCAAUACACAAUCAGGUGGAGAUCAGCAGCUUCCACUGCCUCACUACAUGAAGCGAAAGUAUCCGUUCCUUCUCAUGAUGGACUCAUAAACCAGCAGCAUGGGAUGUGGAUGUUAACAGGGCUGAGCAAAGGAACCAACUAUAUCUUUGAGAUCGAGGCAAUGAAUGAUGUUGGACUGAAUACAUCAGAUGUGGUUAAAUAUACAACAUCAUGCUAUCCUGCUGCAUUGUCUUAUCCUCUGAUUACAAACAUACAUACAUCAUCAUCGUCGAGUGUCAGAUUUGUCAUGGACAUUCCUAGAGGCAAUGGUUGUGGUGUAAUAACUGACUAUUAUGUUACUGAUUGGGUGACAGGGAAGCAUCUUAAUUCAGUGUAUGUUGUCCAAGAUGGAUUGGUGACUGUGACUGUGACUGACUUGGAGGUAGGAUGUGAGUGAUGUUGUGUUGUACACUCGAAAUCAGUGGGGAGAAGAGAGACAAGGAGCUCGUGUG